GACGCGAAAGGCAGGCUGGGAAUUGUAGUUUGGUAGUGCGCGAGGGGGGCUAGAGGCUGGCGGUAGGAGGGACUCGUUGUCCCAGCGUGCCCUGCGCCUCAGCCCGCGCGCUCGCAGUUUCUCGCUCUCGCCCGCCCUCCGCUCCCUAGCUUGCUCGCGCUUUUGCUCGCGCUCUCCUCGCGGAUCGAAGGGACUGUGGCUACAGCCUGUGGCUGGGAAGGGCGACAGAGGCGGCGGUUCAGGAGAAACGAAGCUGCAGGGGUGGUGGUGGUGGGAAGAUGUCGGGCGAGGACGAGCAGCAGGAGCAAACUAUCGCCGAGGACCUGGUCGUGACCAAGUAUAAGAUGGGGGGCGAUAUUGCCAACCGGGUACUUCGGUCUUUGGUGGAAGCAUCCUGUUCAGGUGUGUCGGUACUGAGCCUGUGUGAGAAAGGUGAUGCCAUGAUAAUGGAAGAGACAGGGAAGAUUUUCAAAAAAGAAAAAGAAAUGAAGAAAGGUAUUGCCUUUCCCACCAGCAUUUCAGUAAAUAACUGUGUAUGUCACUUCUCCCCUUUGAAGAGCGACCAGGACUAUAUUCUCAAGGAAGGUGACUUGGUAAAAAUCGACCUUGGGGUCCAUGUGGAUGGCUUCAUCGCUAAUGUGGCUCACACUUUUGUGGUUGAUGUAGCUCUGGGGACCCAAGUAACAGGGCGGAAAGCAGAUGUCAUUAAGGCAGCUCACCUUUGUGCUGAAGCUGCCCUACGCCUGGUCAAACCUGGAAACCAGAACACACAAGUGACAGAAGCCUGGAACAAAGUUGCCCACUCAUUUAAUUGCACACCAAUAGAAGGUAUGCUGUCACACCAAUUGAAGCAGCAUGUCAUCGAUGGAGAGAAAACCAUUAUCCAGAAUCCCACAGACCAGCAGAAGAAGGACCAUGAGAAAGUUGAAUUUGAGGUACAUGAAGUAUAUGCUGUGGAUGUUCUCGUCAGCUCAGGAGAGGGCAAGGCCAAGGAUGCAGGACAGAGAACCACCAUUUACAAAAGAGACCCUUCUAAGCAGUAUGGCCUGAAAAUGAAAACUUCUCGUGCCUUCUUCAGUGAGGUUGAAAGGCGUUUUGAUGCCAUGCCUUUUACUUUAAGAGCAUUUGAAGAUGAGAAGAAGGCCCGCAUGGGUGUGGUGGAGUGCGCCAAACACGAACUGCUACAACCAUUUAAUGUUCUCUAUGAGAAGGAGGGUGAAUUUGUUGCCCAGUUUAAAUUUACAGUUUUGCUUAUGCCCAAUGGCCCCAUGCGGAUAACCAGUGGUCCCUUUGAGCCUGACCUUUAUAAGUCUGAGAUGGAGGUCCAGGAUGCAGAGCUCAAGGCCCUCCUCCAGAGUUCGGCAAGUCGGAAAACCCAGAAAAAGAAAAAAAAGAAGGCCUCUAAGACUGCAGAGAAUGCCACCAGUGGGGAAACUUUAGAAGAAAAUGAAGCUGGGGACUGAGAAAGACCUGGAACCAGAGGAGCAGACUGAUUGAAGAGACAAAACUCCUGGCUUUCUGAAGCUGUGGACUUGGAUGAAUUGCUAGGGGUUUGGAGAGAAAGUUGACGAAUUUCAGUACCUCUGGCAUGCUGUCCCAGGGAACUAGGGCUCCCGCUAACUUACAAGGUUUUUAAACACAUUGAAAAUGACAUGGCGUUAAAAUAAAUUUGGAUUUGCUCAUAA